GGCAGUUUCUUUUUUCUGUUAUCAUGGGCCCCUUUGGGGAGAUGGAACAGGAGGAAAGGUCUGCCGGGCUAGAGCAUCCAGUGGCUCUUCCUCUUAGCUUCUCAUAGCUUGGAGUCACACUGGUCCUCUGUACAGACAGAGAGAGGCUGGAGAAGGGGAGGAGGAAGAGGGGAGGGAGGCCAGGGCAGGAUGGAACUGCGGGUGCUGUUCAAUGCCCUGGUGACUCGGUUGCUCUUUGUCUUGCAUUCCCUGCUUGCAGUCUGGAGAGUGACUGUAGUGAAGAAGGAACCCAAAUACUGGCUCCUGGCAUUGCUUAACCUCCUCCUUUGCUUGGAAACAGCACUCACUCUCAAGUUUAAGCAAGGCAGAGGCUACAAAUGGUUUUCACCAGCAAUAUUCAUCUAUCUGAUUAGCAUAGUACCAUCACUGUGGCUUCUGGAGCUUCAUCCUGAGAUUCAGUUUUGCUCUAACAAAUCAGAACAGAGCAUCAUUGAAAAAAUCCAGCAUCUCAGUAGACAUGAAACCAGAGACAACCACAUACUAGAAAAGGCCUGGGAUCUUGUUAACACUGUCUCCACAGUGUGUGAGUCAGUCUGGACAUUAGGCCUCCACCAGACCUUUCUACUGCUCUUAAUCAUUGGGAGAUGGCUGCUUCCCAUUGGCGGUGAAAUUACUCGGGACCAGUUAUCGCAGCUGCUUCUUAUGUUUGUGGGUACUGCAGCAGAUAUACUUGAAUUCACUAGCGAGACAUUGGAAAUAGAGAAUGUAAGAAACAAACAUGUUCUUGUCUAUGCGAUUCUAGCAGUGUGGACUUGGAGCAUGCUGCAGUUUCCUCUAGAUCUUGCAGUGCAACAUGUUGAGUGUGGUCCGUCCAUCUCCUCUAAGAAAGUCUUCCGUUUGCUCCUCUGCAGACACAGUGCGGACCUGUGGAACAUUGGGAUCAGCUUAUUCAUACAAGAUGGGCCAUUUCUUAUUGUGCGUUUGAUCCUGAUGGGUUAUUUUAAUGUUAUUACCCAGAUGCUGGUGUUUUUCACGGCUAAGAAUAUCUUAAGUGUGAUGUUACAACUGUAUCGUCUCAUUGUGUUGUCACUAGACUUUCAUGCCUCCCUGCGAAAUCAGUCAAACAGCCGGAAAGGAGGAGUUGCCUGUUGCCCAUGUGAGCCUAACAGUAUCAGCCUUCCACCCAACAGUUGUGAUACUGAUGAAAAGGAGUGUGCUUCCAUUCCUCUGGAGGAUUCAAUCACAGCUGAAUGCUUGUGAUGAAGAUCUUGAUGUUCAGUCAUUUCCUCCUUUGACCGUUUUUGAAGGGACUGGCAUUAUCAAAUGGCCCAUUUAGUUCUGACAUGUUUCCUAUCCACUACAUGCUGAAUGUUUGAUUCUAACAACCAGGAGGAAAUGUUGCCUGAAUGGAAACAUUUCAGUCAUACUGACUUAGAUGGGCUGACACUAAAUCUAUAGUGUAUUUAUCCAAUGGGAUUAAGUAGAAACAGUUUUCUACAACUAUUUUUUUAAUGUGAUGGAUUACCAUACCUGGUUAUUGACUAUAGGUGCUAGCAGAAUAUUUCCCUGGAGUUCAAGCUUAGCUCCGUAGCAAAUAACCUCUCUGGAGAACAAUUUUAAAUGUGACAACUGCUCCAAAGUGCAAGUGAAUGCAAAGAAUGAAUUCUUUCUGCCAAUCUGACAAUGGAGAUUUCAUAUUCAGUGAAUGCCAAGGCAACUGGUUUACAAUUACGUCUCUCUUGGCUGGACUGAUAAUAAUAGUGUUGAGCUGAUGGAAGAAUUUCAGAACAUCAUGUAAUUCUUUCUUCCAGGUACAAUCAAAUACAUUUUAUCUCAGAUCUCGCUUGAUAUUGACACUACAUCAGUAUCAUGUUUGAUUUGAGCCUAUCACAAUUCACUUUACCAAAGAAUUUUCACAGAAGCAUUUGUCCUUUUAAUAGUUGCAAAUUUAGGAAUUUGCUUAGUAUGGUUUCCAUUUACUGCACACUCAAGAAAAGGCAAUAAUAUGUGAUCCCCAAGGGUGGCAAAAGUGUCUCUGUCUAGAUUAUGCUGAUUGUAACUCCCAGCAUUCUUCUCCAUUGGUUAGAGCUGAUGGGAGUUGCAAUCCAACACUACUUUCCCUUGGACUUGAUCAAUAACUAAAGUUUUUUGACAUCACAUAAUUAAAGAUUGUGCAAAGAAGCAUGUUAGCAAAUGGACUAUCAGAAUGAUGUCUGACCAUCAGAUUGAAUGAAUGAAAAGGUAUCCACUAUUAUCAUCACCAUCACUAUUACAUAUAAGGGUUGCAUAUUUGUAAUAUUUUUUUAAAAAAAUGCAAAGAAGAAACCUACCCUGUUUUUUUCAACAAUUUUCAUAUUAAAAUAUAAAUAAAAUGAAAAUGUAUGUAGCAUAAAACUCUGCUCUCAUGAAAGUCAAUGAAACCUUUACAGUGAGUAGUGACUCAUUCAGGCUAUAAUCAAAGGUUUUCAGUUUUCUUCAAAAAAAGGAAACUGAAUUCAAUAGCCUUCACCUUACAUUGCUAGUGAGCAGAGACCAGUCCUUUGAGUCUGUCAGUAGAGCUCUAAGGUGAAACUCACCUGUCCCAAGGAAACUGGACAUUCCCUCUUGAUAUAUUCCUUAACCUACAUUUGUUUUGAUAAUGUGAAUAUAUGUGUGCAUGGUGUGUUUAUAUUUACAAAGGAGAAAUAUAUGGAAAAUGAGAGCCAGGUGAUAUCAUGCUUACAAUAUUGUUCUGGAUUUUGGGAGAACCAGAUUUUAACCAUCGCUGUCUCAUGAAAUUCACUGUGUGACCUUGGGCCAGUCACAUACUCCCAGCUUAGCCUACCUCACAGGGUUGUUGUGAGGAUGCAAUGGAAACAAAGGAAAGCCACAUAUGCUGCCUUGAGCUCAUGAGGAAAGGUGAGAUAUAAAUGUAGUAAAUAAAGACAUACAUGUGUUA